AGACUAUGUUCAAUAUAUGUUUGACAACAUAAAUACUAUAUUCAAUUUUUACAAUUCCAGUACUGCAAAAAAAAAGCUUCCAACUUUAUCAAGGGAGGCAAAAAGCGCAAGAAACUAUGGUCAAUAUGCUUAUAAACGGCGACACCAAAUAUAAUCGAAGUAGGAGAAACAAGAAGAGAGAAAAACUGAACAAAUGGAGGCCCAUCAAAUACAAAGAAGACAAGACGAAAGUUCCUCUGAUAGUAUUUGGAAGUGGAAUGUUCAAUAAGGAACACCAACAAGAUCAGGACGCUCAGAUGUGGGGUGAUAGGUAUUUUAUGGCGCGCGCUGAAAAGGCGAGAAACGGCUGGAUAACUUAUCACAAUCACAAUUGA